ACAGGCAAGAUUUGUGUGGAGCAUCCCUCUUGAAAUGAAGGCCCAUGGCAAGUACGGCGUAACGGCGACAGCGGCCAAUGUGUCCCUCUGCGAGGAUGUGCGCAAUUUCAGCACACGGCGACGCAACAUACUCUAUCUGAUGCAUCGCUAUUUGAUGGAGAACGGCUACUACAGCAGCGCGGAGGCACUCAAGGCGGAGGGCCGGCUGUCGGAGGAGUUCGAGCUGUGCGACAACAUCGAUCUGGAUGCCAUGUACCUGGAGUAUGCGAGCUUCUACAACAUGAAAUUCGGCAAAUAUCCGCGCAUACUCAAGAAGCUGGCACCCAAGCUGAAGGUGGAGCUGUCCUCCAAGGGUCAGGCAGGAUCCGUUGGCAAGGGGCAGGCGCAGGCGCAGGCGCAGCCACAACAAUCGAUGCCGGGCCAGGAGGCAUCGUUGGGCAAUUGGCAUGCCGGCGUGGGUGCUGCCACAGCUGCGGCCGCUGCCAGUCUGAAUAACGAUGCAACACCGCAGCAACGGAAUGACAAUGGCAAUCCGCCACAGUUGCACAUCAAGAAAAUGGCCACAGCCGAGGGCAACAACACGGAGCUGCAGCUGCGCAUUGGCGACAUCGAGCAUGGACAUUCGGGCGGGGACGAUGCUCUGUUCUCCUCCCUCGACUGGCAGCUGCUGGCCGAGCUGGUGAAGACCUCCAUACUGCGGGAGGAUAUCCUGCUGCGUUGGUCCGAUGUGUGCGGCAACCAGCGGGCCAUUGAGCUGAUCAAGGAGGCUGUCCUCACGCCCAUCGAGUAUCCGCAGCUGUUCGCCCAUGGCCUGAAGCCCUGGCGCUCGCUGCUGCUGCACGGACCACCGGGCAGUGGCAAGACCUACCUGGCCAAGGCCCUGUACGCGGAGACCCAGGGCCAGGUGACCUUCUUCAAUAUCACGGCCAGCAUUAUGGUGAGCAAGUGGCGCGGCGAGUCCGAGAAAAUUCUGCGCGUACUCUUCCACAUGGCCGCACGACGUGCCCCCUCGGUGAUCUUCUUCGAUGAGAUUGAGAGUCUGACCUCGAAGCGAGAUCGUGCCACCGAUCACGAGUCCUCGAAACGCUUCAAGAACGAGCUGCUGCAGCUGCUCGAUGGCAUGGAGCACACCCUGAAGGGUGUCUUUGUGCUGGCCAGCACCAAUCUGCCCUGGGACAUUGACGAGGCCUUUCUGCGUCGCUUCGAGAAGAAGCUGCUCGUCCAGCUGCCCAACCCGACCGAGCGCAGCUCCCUCAUCAGCCGCCUGCUCGGCGCCAGCAUCAGUCUGAGUGCCCGCCUGCUGGAGCAGCUCGUUCAGCUCUCCGAUCAGUUCACCGGCGAUGAGAUUCGCUUGGCCUGCAAGGAGAUCAGCAUGCAGCGUGUGCGCUGUGCCACACGUGGCCUACCGCCCCACAACGAUGGCACGAAGGAGUCGCAGGCCACGCUGGAGGCGAAUGUGGAGCAGGCCUUCCGCCAGGUGCGACCCCUCGGCCAGAAGCUGCUGGCCAAGCACGAGCAAUGGCAGCAGGACAAUGGCUCCUAG